AAUGCUGUCAGGCUCAUUAAGAGGGACCUCUCCGAGAUCCGGCUAUUCAGUUUAGCGCAGAGCAGAGCUCUAAACGGACAGAUUACUACCAGAUAGACUGCCGCGUUACAGUGAGCGAUUUUUAAAAAAUGAAUUCCAUUUCUCUUUGGGUCGAUUACGGACUAUAGAGCGACACUAUAGAAUUGCUGGUUAGUUGUGACGGAGUUUUUGGAGUUUACAUUUUAGUUAAUCGCUUGUUAAAAUUAUUUGAGAGUAUUUGUUUUGACGAAAAUACUGUUUACCGACGGCCUGGUGGAGAAAUCCGUUACCUGAGGAUAACAAAUCAAAGAAAUCUGCUUUAAACGAAUACUUUUACCAGGGAUUCCCCGUCUCCGAAUGAAGGGAUUUGUGCGCAUUUUCGGUUGCAGUCUUUCUAGAAAAUUGGUUGACUCAUCAUCGCAUUGAGUGCCUUCGCCUGGUUUUUGUUUUGAGCUCUCCCAGAAAUGGUGGGACACCUACAUUUACAAGCUAUGGAUGACAGUCUGAAAGGAAAGAAUCGGGAGGGACUGCUUGACAGUCCGGAUUCGGGACUCCCUCCGAGUCCAAGUCCGCCCUUCUAUUCGCUGUCUCCAGGUCUGCUCGAGUCGCGCUCCGGGAGUUGUUCAACGCCAGUCGAGAACCAUGGAUACUAUAAAAAGGAGAGCAAAGGCAAACUGCUGCCGUACCUUCUCCUGAACUCAACGGGGACGGACCCGAGGACACGCAUGUACCCUGUGUUCUUUGGGGAGAGCAUCGAGGUCAACCCCAAACCUGAAACAGAGAUCAAGUGUAACUCUGAAGUGAAGUACGACUCAGACAGGCACUACCGGGACCAGGUGUACUGCGCUCCCGUUCCCACGGUGACUUCCUACAGCGAGAUGGUGGUGGCCGUGCAGAACUGCACCUGGCGGCGCUACAAGUCCCAGGUGUACCUAGAGCCACGUCAGAGGCCCCUGCACUACCAAAGCACCACCAUUGUGUACCCCAAACAUGCCAAGAACACUUACCGCACCACGCUCAACUACAACGCUACGGGUUCCCAGCGGUGGUUUGUCUCCACCGUCCAGCUGAAGUCCAGUGAGGACAGCAGCCCCUGCAUCAUCUACGCUGAGGACCUCUAAACCUGAUCUCAGACCUGACCUGCCUGGCUAUUCCUACUGCUGUGGACUGGAUACACACAGAGGCUGACAGACAGUUGGACACACAGGAAGACUGAUAGACUGAAAUAGACUGACACACAGAGGGUGGUAAUAUUGCAUACUGUAUAAGGAAUAUUGUAGGGGAGUACAUCGAAUCACAAAGGCCUUUAAUGAGUUGUCCUUCAUGUUCAUUAGUCUUGUGGGGCAGAGCGCUGCCAGUCUGCAGCCUCUUCUCUCCAGGAACACCUCUGAUAGUUGAGCAUGACUCUGGGGGUUGAUGGUACCAUGUUACACACCUUAUUUGACUGUAAAGAUUAGUUAUAGAAAUGGACAUAUUCA